AUGAGGCCUACAAUUCUGUUCGCCUUACUGGCCAUUGCCGUGGCCGAGUCGACCGAAUCCUCCGAGUCCGGCAAGACUACUGAUGGACCUACGGUUGUGUCCGUCACAACGCCCGUGGCACUCCCCUCGGGUAGCUACCUAGACCCCAGCACCACAAUCACAUUGAGUGAUGGCGGAAAGUCGGUCGUUGCAUCGACCCACAGCAAUGGUACGAUGACUGCCUCCAACCAGACCGUAAUGACCACAACUUCCGACUCCUUGACUUUGCUGGUGGGCGGUGGAGGAACGACGGUGGUCGGGAAUAUGAGCAUGAACGCGACUGCGACUACGACUGGGACAGCUACAAGGACCCCUGUCGUCAAUACACGGCCAUGCAACAGCUACCCCGAGUUCUGUGUUAGGAAGUAUUCCAACAUUACCAUGGUUGCAGCGCACAACAGCCCGUUCGUGCGCAAGAACAGCGUCGCCGCCAACCAGGUGCUGGAUGUGACAUCGCAACUGAAUGAUGGAAUUCGCACGCUGCAAUUCCAAACUCACUACGAGAACGGCACAAUGUACCUAUGCCACACAAGCUGCCAAUUGCUCGGCGUCGGCACCCUCGAAGCAUACCUGACAGAAGUCAAUACCUGGAUGCGAGCGAACCCCUACGACGUGGUGACCUUCAUCAUCGGCAACUUCGACUUUGUCAAGCCCGGUAACUUUACCGGCCCGAUCUACAACUCCGGCCUAAAGGACCUCAUCUACACCCCAAGCAAGGUCCCAAUGGCUCUGAAUGACUGGCCCACGCUCUCGGAAAUGAUCCUCGCUCGGAAGCGCGCAGUCUUCUUCAUGGACUACGAAGCCAAUCAGACCGCGUACCCGUGGCUGAUGGAUGAGUUCUCACAGGUGUGGGAGACGCCCUUCUCCCCCACCGACCCCAAAUUCCCCUGCACGGAGCAACGCCCACCGGGUCUGUCCAAGGAAGCUGCUAAGAACCGCAUGUACAUGGCCAAUCACAAUCUGAACCUGCAGUUGAAUCUCGGGUCUCUGAGCAUGUUGAUUCCCAAUACUGCUGAGGUUAGUGGGACCAAUGCUGUGAACGGCAGUGGUAGUCUCGGCGAAAUGGCCAGGGAAUGUAACAAAACCUGGGGUCGUCCACCCAACUUCCUUCUGGUGGAUUACUACAACUAUGGCAAUUUCAACGGCUCGGUCUUCGAGGUCGCGGCCGAGAUGAACAAUGUCACUUACAAUGGUAAAUGCUGUGGCAAGACGUCUGGCGCGCUGCGCGAGAUUUCUGUCGCUGGUAUGUCGACUGUGAUUCUGGUGGCAGUAGGAGUGCAGAUGAUGAUGUCUGCGUUUUGA